AUGUCUGAAAGAGUUAAAGUAGCAGUUCGACUUCGUCCUUUAAUUGAAGAGGAAUUAAUUUGUAAAGAUAAAUCCAUUUGUGUUGAAACUAUCGAUCCCAAUAAAAAAUUGAUCAUCAGUAAAUAUAUCAAUAUAUAUAUUAGUCAAGAAGGAUUUUGAGAAAAGACAAUUUCAAUUUGAUACAAUUUUUGAUUCAAAAGCAUCUUAAAAUUAGGUUUACAAUGAUAUAGCAAAAGGAGUUGUUGGAGUAUACUUAUAAUAAUCUAUAAUAAAUUUAGAGUGUAAUCAAAGGCUUUAAUGGUACUAUAUUUUGUUAUGGUCAAACUGGAACAGGUAAAACAUACACCAUGAUGGGUAAACUUGAUUCUGAUGAGAAGGGAAUCACUCCACGUACUUUUGAAUAAAUAUUUAAUGAAAUUCAAGCAGACACUAAUAACAUAUACACUGUGUAAUUGGGUUAUUUGUAAAUAUAUAUGGAAAUGGUAUUGUUUAGAUAAUAAAUUUAGUUACUUGAUUUAAUAAGACCUGAUAAUUAAGAUGUGAAAAUAAGAGAAUGUCCAGAUAAUGGUGUAUUUGUAUCAGGAUUAGAAUGGAUGGAAGUUGAAUCACCUUAAGAAUGUCUAAGUAUUAUGAAUUUUGCAGAAAAAAAUAAAGUAGUUGCAUUCACUAAUUUAAAUGCUCAUUCAUCUAGAUCUCAUUCUAUGCUUGUAAUCAAAGUAGAGAAGAGAUAAUCUAAAUAACAUUCAAGAUCUAUGACUAUUUCAAAAAAACCAAGUUCCAAAUUAUAAAACUAUUCUUAAGAUAUGAUAACAGAAACUGAUGAAAGUAUAUUAUCAUCAGGUAAUUGUGUUGGAACAUUAUAUCUUGUUGAUUUAGCAGGAAGUGAAAGAAUCAAAAAAUCAAGAGCUACAGGAGAUCGUCUUAGUGAAGCUAGAUCUAUCAAUUAUUCACUUACAGCUUUAGGAAAAUGUAUUCAUGCUUUGACUGGUCCAAAAUCUACAUUUGUUCCAUUUAGAGAUUCUAAAUUAACUAGAAUUCUAUAAGAUGCUCUUGGUGGUAAUUGUAAAACUGCAUUAAUUGUGAAUAUUGGUCCUGCUGGUAGACAUGUUGAAGAAACUCUAUCUAGUCUUACUUUUGGAAUGAGAGCUAUGAAAGUUACAAAUACUCCAUAAAUUAAUUAAAAUGUUGAUUAUGAAGUAAGAAUUAAUACAUAUUCUUUUUAUAGUAAUUAAGUUUAUAACUAAAAAUGGAAAUAGAAAUGAAAGAUGAGAUCAUAUAAAAAUUGGAAUAAUAAUAAAUCAAAUAUCUCUAAUAAGUAAGAAUGGAAUCUAGUAACAGUAAUCUUAGUAGUUCAGAUCAUCAAUAUAAAGUUAAAUUAGAAAAAGCUGAAGAAGAACAUAAAGCAUUUUUGGAAGAAAUAGACAAUAUGAUGGUAGAAUAAGAAUAAGAAAAUGAAGAACUUAAAAAACAAUUAGGUUAAGUUAUGUAAGAAUUGGAAGAUUACAAAAAUAGAGAACANAUGGUAUUGUUUAGAUAAUAAAUUUAGUUACUUGAUUUAAUAAGACCUGAUAAUUAAGAUGUGAAAAUAAGAGAAUGUCCAGAUAAUGGUGUAUUUGUAUCAGGAUUAGAAUGGAUGGAAGUUGAAUCACCUUAAGAAUGUCUAAGUAUUAUGAAUUUUGCAGAAAAAAAUAAAGUAGUUGCAUUCACUAAUUUAAAUGCUCAUUCAUCUAGAUCUCAUUCUAUGCUUGUAAUCAAAAUAGAGAAGAAAUAAUCUAAAUAACAUUCAAGAUCUAUGACCAUUUCAAAAAAACCAAGUUCCAAAUUAUAAAACUAUUCUUAAGAUAUGAUAACAGAAACUGAUGAAAGUAUAUUAUCAUCAGGUAAUUGUGUUGGAACAUUAUAUCUUGUUGAUUUAGCAGGAAGUGAAAGAAUCAAAAAAUCAAGAGCUACAGGAGAUCGUCUUAGUGAAGCUAGAUCUAUCAAUUAUUCACUUACAGCUUUAGGAAAAUGUAUUCAUGCUUUGACUGGUCCAAAAUCUACAUUUGUUCCAUUUAGAGAUUCUAAAUUAACUAGAAUUCUAUAAGAUGCUCUUGGUGGUAAUUGUAAAACUGCAUUAAUUGUGAAUAUUGGUCCUGCUGGUAGACAUGUUGAAGAAACUCUAUCUAGUCUUACUUUUGGAAUGAGAGCUAUGAAAGUUACAAAUACUCCAUAAAUUAAUUAAAAUGUUGAUUAUGAAGUAAGAAUUAAUACAUAUUCUUUUUAUAGUAAUUAAGUUUAUAACUAAAAAUGGAAAUAGAAAUGAAAGAUGAGAUCAUAUAAAAAUUGGAAUAAUAAUAAAUCAAAUAUCUCUAAUAAGUAAGAAUGGAAUCUAGUAACAGUAAUCUUAGUAGUUCAGAUCAUCAAUAUAAAGUUAAAUUAGAAAAAGCUGAAGAAGAACAUAAAGCAUUUUUGGAAGAAAUAGACAAUAUGAUGGUAGAAUAAGAAUAAGAAAAUGAAGAACUUAAAAAACAAUUAGGUUAAGUUAUGUAAGAAUUGGAAGAUUACAAAAAUAGAGAACAAUCUUUAGAAUAAGAUAUAGAGGAGUUUAAGAAUGUUUAGUAGUAAUUAGAGAAUGAAUUAGAGGAAGCUUUAACAAAUGUAAUACAAUUUUAUUAAUAUAAUAGAAGAAUGAAUUUGCAGAUACUAUAAAUUAAUUACAAUAGAAAUUAGAAAUGAAGGAUAAAGAAAUUUAAGAACUAAAAUAAUCAACUUUCUUAUCUACCAAAAAUAAUGAUGUCAUUAAAAUAUCAAAGGAAAAAUAAAAUUAAAUGUGGAGAUCAGAAUUAUAAUAGAUAACUUCAUAAUAUGCAAAUAAAUUAGAAGAAGUAAAAAGAUUAGAAUUUUAAUAAUAAGAAAAAGAAAAUAAUAAUAUAGUAGAAUAUAGAUAACGAAAUGAGGAACUUAGUUUAUAAGUUAAAUAAUACAAAUAUGAAUUAUCUUAAUGGAAAGAAUAAGAGUAAUAAUUAAUAUAUAGUAAUUAAUAACUUGAUGAAUAUAUACAAAAAUAAAAAGAAGUAUUUUAAUAAGAAUAAUCUUAAUUAUUAAUUUAAAUUAAAGAUCUUGAAACAGUCAAUAAUGAAAUUACAAAAAGGCUUGAAUAAUAUGAAAUCAAAUUAAAAAAAUAAAAAGAACAUUAAUAAUAAAAUGAAUUUGCCUAUUAACAAGAAUUAGAUACAAAAAAUGAACAUCUUAAUAAAAUUUAAGUAGAAUAUUUUGAAAUUUAAAAAUAAAUUACUCUAAUUAAAGAAUAAUAUUCUACUAUUUAGACAAUUAAUUAAUAAAAGCUUAAAUAAUUAAAUCAUGAUAAUUAAAUGCUUAUUAAUAAAAAUGCUGAUUAUUAAUUAUAAGUAUAACAAUUAAUUGAAAAAAAUAAUGAACUUUUACAAUAAAUUUAAUAAAGCAAAAAUUCACAAUAUACUAAUUACAAUUAAUAUUUAAAUAAUUCUAAAGUUGAAUACUAAGCUAAUUAAUCAUAUGUAAAUGAAUAAAAUUUUGAUAUUGAAUUGAAGAAAUCAAUUACUGUUUCUGGUGUUAAUGAAGGGUAAAUUGUUUUUGAAUUGUAAAUUAGAAUAUAAUAAUUGGAAGAUUAUAUUGAUUAAUUAUAAUCUUAAUUAAAAGUAAAAGAAAACUUUAUAGAGGAACUAUAAUUAAAGUGUACAAAGUAAUAGAAGGAAUCAGAUUAAUUAAAAUUUUAAAUGGAAUCAUUUUCAAAAAGAUCAUAAUAAUCUUUAUAAAGAAUGGAAGAAACUAUGUGUUAAGAAGUAGUUAGAAAUGUUUUAGAAAAAAUGAUAUUUUAAGUAGAAUUAAAUUCUUUUGAAUCAGAUGAUAUUAGUAGUCGUGCUCCAGAUAGUGAUUUAAAACUUUAGAUGAAAUCAUUUUCUAAAUAAGAAAAUGCUUAAUUAGUUGAAAGUUUAUUUAUAAAUUCUAGAUAAAGUUAACAUAAUGCAAUAGUUGAAUGUGAUGAAGAAGAAGAUAAUUCAUCAGAAAUAGAUUAUUAAUUACCUAAAUUCAGCUAAUCUGGUAAGAAGAUAUAGUAAAAAUUGAGAAUGUCAAAAAGUAGAUAAGAUUCUGUCUUUUCUUUUAGUGAAAAACAAUAAAAGAAAGAUACUGUUUCACUUUAUGAUGAUUUAAGUGAAAUUAAUUAAUAGUUUGAUGUAUAAAGCCCAAGAUCACAUUUAGAUGAAAUACAAUUUUAAAUUGAUUUUAAUGAUGUAAAUGCUGUAGAUAAAUUUAUGUCAUAAAUGAAAAAGAAAUAAGUGUCUCUUAUAUAAAAUACUGAUUUAUCUGUAGGUUCAAUAUAAUAAGCACAUAGUCCUCAAUAUAUAGAUAGUUUAAGUGAAAAGAAAGAAAAAUUAAAUUCAAGGUAAAUUAUAAUAUUAAUUAUAGGAUUGGGAAUGAAGAAUUAUAAGAAGUAAUUAAAGUGAUGGCAUAAAUGUUAGUUGAAAAAAGUAAGACUGAAUAAACAGUAACCAAUAAUACAUUGGAAACCUUAAGAGCUUCCUUAUUAGAUUUUAAUAAUUUAUGCAAUACUUUAACAACAUACUUUUUGUGA